GUGGCCGAUUCCAGCAGGUAAAUAACAAGACGACAGGUGCUAGUUCAGCCUUGGAUUGGCCGGCAACGCAGACACAGUCCGCUCUUACAUUCAGUCGAAUUCGCGCGUCCUAAUCGCACGUGUCCACUUUUUCAAAUUUGAUUGUGCCAAGAUUAUUUUUUCAUUGAUAAUUCUUUUUUUUUUAUACAAAAGUGAAUGUAAUAAUUUAAGAUUUUCUUAAACAUAUUUAAUGAAUUGGAAAGUGCAUCGACCUAAAGGCGUUUGGCUUUCAGUCACGGCCAUGGCACGCGAACAAUCUCGUAAUUUACAGAGGAUACAUUGAUAAGCUGAAAACAAUGUAACAAAUAAUAGUUAAGUUUAAGUGUAUGUGUGUUUCUAAAAUCAUAAAUUUAAAAUUGGAUAUGAAAAACAAGGUGCAAUCAGGAUGCGAGAGGAAGAGCUUGAGAUAUCACUCAAGGUAGUCAUAGUGGGAAAUGGUGCCGUAGGCAAGUCCUCGAUGAUUCAGAGAUUUUGUAAAGGAACUUAUACAAAAGACUACAAGAAAACUAUUGGAGUUGAUUUUUUGGAGCGAGAAAUUGAAGUUGAUGGAGAAACUGUAAGACUGAUGUUAUGGGAUACAGCAGGCCAAGAAGAAUUUGAUGCAAUCACUGCUGCUUAUUAUAGAGGUGCACAUGCAUGUGUUUUAGCUUAUUCAGCAACUGACAGAGAUUCUUUCGAUGCUGUACCUGCUUGGAAACUCAAGGUAGAAAAUGAGUGCGGGGAAAUUCCGACUGUCUUGGUGCAAAAUAAAAUUGAUCUUGUUGAUCAAUGUCAGAUAGAUUCAAAUGAAGCAGAAAGAUUAGGUCGAGCUCUAGGAUGUAAACUCCUACGAACAUCAGUCAAAGAAGAUGUGGGUGUUGCCAGUGUAUUUAGAUAUCUUGCCUCACGAUGUCUAAUAGAGAUGCGUAGAUGUGAAGAUGAUUUCCAAGAUGAUUUAAGAUUAUACUCAUCAGGCCCAAGAUCGCCCUCAGUGAUCAGUGCUUUUAGCCCAAAUGAAUGUACAGGUGGUAACAUGGGAAACGGAACAAUUGUUUUACGACCUGGUGGUAAAACUCGACAUCAUAAAAAGAAGAACUUUAUCAAGAAUGCGUGUAGGCUCUUGUAAUUUUGAUGAUUAUAUUUAAUAACAGAAUAAAUUGUUAGAACAAUCAAAAUCAGAUAUUAAUUUACAAAACUUGAAUACAUAUCAUACUUUAACCCUUUCAGAAUAGAUUUCUUAUUCCUUUAAUUUAGCCUCAGACACUCUUAUUAAUUAUAAAGAAAAUUACCAGAAGACAUUUUAAUUAUUUUUAUCCAAAUCACAUGAAUAAAACUGAGUGUGAUAUUCACUAUAAUAGUCACUGGCUGCGAAAGGGUUAAAGAAAAAGUCAUUUCAUUUUUUAUGAGUAUUACAGCAACAUACCUAAGUCGAGGUUUUAUGAUCUAGAAACUUUGUUUUUUCUAUUUGUACAUAUGUAUGUAUUU